UCCGCCUUCACCCUCCAUUCCUGCAGCUCCUUUGCAGAGAGCGCUUCUUCGGGAUUUCGCCUUUGCAAUUGCGCGGGGCGGAGGCAUUGAGGGGGGGGGUGCAAGACGACCCGCUGCCCAAGGAGAAGGCUGUACCCCAUUGGCAGCACUGGUGCGAAUCUUGGAAACGUUUGUCCUCCACCGUCCCAAAAGGACUCCCUGGUGGACAUCAAGGAAGGAACCCCAGUUUGGGCCUGAGAUGGGAUAAGAACCCCUCCCAUGGCCUCCAGCAAAGCGAUCCGGAAAGAAAGGGGGGCUCCCUCGUCCCUGCACCUCCCAAUCCAGGCUGCUCAAGGAAAGAGAGUCAAAAUGGAGGAGAAGGAAACGGCCUGUGCCAAGCUGGCCGAGCGAGUCCAGAAGGAAUCCUGCGUCAUCCAGGCUGGUGGCCCCACGGAAAUACCGAGACGGGGGUCCCCACUGCAGAUCAAGCAGGAACCGGACGAGGGCCUGGCCCAGCGCUGGGAAGCCCAGUGGCAGAAUUUCUUGAAGAUGGUGCAGGCCCCGCAUCCUGGUUGGGGCUCGCCUCCGUUGCCAGAACUGGUGGCUUUUAGCGACUCCAAACGGAUCCAACCCACUGGCGGGACGACUCCGCAGGUCUUUGGCUGGAAAGUGAAGGAGGAAGUCUGCGAGGAAGAGAUGGGGAACACGGAGGCCCAGAGGCAGCUGUUCCGGCAUUUUUGCUACCAGGAUGCCGAAGGACCCCGCGAAGUCUGCAGCCGUCUCCGGGAGCUCUGCCACCGGUGGCUGAAGCCGGAGAGGCACACCAAGGAGCAGAUCCUGGAGACUCUGGUGCUGGAGCAGUUCCUGGUCAUUCUGCCCCCGGAGAUACAAGGCUCCGUCAGGGACCGGGGACCGGAGAGUUGUGCCCAGGCAGUGGCCCUUGCUGAGGGCUUCCUCCUAAGGCAGAAGGAGGCCCAGUUGGGUCAGGAUUGCUUUGAGGAAAUGACGGUGAAUCUUCCAAGGAUCCAUCAGGUCUGCCUGGGGGCCUCUCGAAAGCUAGGGGGCAGGCUGUUGAAUGAACAGGAGCGGCCACCUCUCUGGGCCCAAGAUUACCGAGAGUCUGCCGGCAGGACAUCGCUCCCAAAAAAUCAGGACAGCCUCUUGCCACGGCCCGGAUUGGGCAAAAUUUCGGAGAACGAGCUGAUGAGGCCCGAAAGAUCUUCGGGCUCCCUUCCGACCAAGCGAGGCUCCGAAGCGAUCCCGUGCAGAGUGGGCUACAAAGAUCUCGGCGGGAUCCUUUUCCAGGAGAGGAUCCAAGAGAGCCCCCGGCAGAAGCGCUGCGUCGUGCUCCGCCGGCGGAUCCACACGGAGGAGCGUCUCUACAAGUGCCAGGAUUGCUGGAAGAGCUUUGACCACCGUUCCCACUUCAUCCGCCACAAGAAGAUCCACACGGGCGAGAAGCCCUUCCAGUGCACCGACUGCGGGAAGAGCUUCAACCGGAACUCCAACCUCACCACCCACAUGCGGACUCACACGGGCGAAAAGCCCUACAAGUGCUUGGACUGCGGCAAGAGCUUCCGGUGGAGCUCGGAUUUCAUCGUCCACGAGCGGACUCACACCGGGGAGAAGCCCUACAGCUGUGCGGACUGCGGGAAGGCCUUCCGCCGCAGCUCCAACCUCACGGCCCACGAGCGGACGCACCGGGGCGAGAAGCCCUACAAGUGCUUGGACUGCGGGAAAAGCUUCACCCGAGGCCUCUACCUGAUUGCACACAAAAAGACGCACUCGGGGGAGUGAGCGGGCGCGAGCGAGAAUCGGUUAGCGGUGCGUCCUCCUUGGACUUUUCCUGGGGGGAGGAGAGUUCAUCAAACGUUUCAUCUGAAUUGCAUCCACGGCAGUUUUCAGCUCAUCGUGGGAGGGUGGCGGUGGGGAACAAAACGAUCACUCCUGGGUUUGGGUUCAGGGCCCUGUCAGCAUAUCUCCAGAUGACCCGGUGAUGGAUGAGAUCCACGGUAGUCUCACCCCCGUGCAAGGUUGGCCCACUGAAGUUGCAAAAAAAAAGUCAGCCGGAAUUCAUUUCGGCAGACGGUCCUUCUGGCAAAUCCUUCGCCCCAAGUCCGAUUGAUCAGUUUGGAGAAUAGGUCAAUUCGGCCUACGAUAACCACGCUGGGGAUGGCAGCUUCUCUCAAGGACGUGACUCACUACGGUGUGAGCAAUUUGAAUUGCCCAAAACCAAAAUCGGGAGAGAGCUGGAGACGAGCAAGGCCUUGUUAGGAAGACUGGUUAUUCUGGGCUAAAUGGUUUCUCCCAUCGUGAAGCUGAGGGAAAGUCUUUUAAUUUUUAGAUUGGCUGCAGUGCAGUGCUGCGGAUUUCAACCCCAAAAGGAUUUUGGAGCAGCGGAGAGACCUGCUUAACCCCCUUAAGAGCAGGGAUCUCCUAAUUUGGCCACUUUUAAGACUUGGGGACUUCAACUCCCAGAAUUCCAGCAUGGCCGGCUGAGGAAUUCUGGGAGUUGAAGUCCAUCAGGCUUAAAAGCGGCCAUGUUCGGAGACCUCGGAUUUAGAGCAACCAUUGCUGUUUCUGUGGGGCAGCUGCAGAAGACCAUAAUGCCCAGCACCAGCUGCCUUUAGGGGGGUGGCAGACCAGGGCUGUUUGCACUUAAGAGAAACCUUUUUGGGAUUUAGAUCCAGAGAGCACUGCUCAGCUUUCGUCUUUUGAUCCGCUUGUCAUGUACCAGCAAGGAAGUAGAACCUCACUGUUGGGUCAUUUUGGUUCUUCUCAAGUGAUCUCCUCUUGGCUGCAGCCCACCCCUCUGUAUUAUGGGCAUAGUAGUACUGAUUUACCAUAUAGUGUUUCAACCUUGGAGGCUUUAAAGAUGUGUGGACUUCAACUCCCAGAAUUCCCCAGCCAGCAAAGCCUCCCCAAGGUCGAGAAACAUUGCCAUAUGGUUCACUCUGAAGAUUACACUCCUAUUUCAAGAUAAAUAUGCGUGAAGGGCUUUCCUUGCUCAAAAGUGCUAUACAAAGGCCAAGUAUUUAUUAUAAUUAUUAUUUUUUAUGAUUACCUGUCUCUUUUGGGAAGCUGGGGUGGGGGGGUCGGAUUUAAGAUAUUCGGCGUGCCAAGCAGCGCCUCGGCAAAUAAAUUCUGCUUUUUGAUAGCUAUUCUGCUGUUCCAUGCAAAUGUGGCUUUUUAGCUUUGGGGAGGUGCCGAAAGAGGCUUUCGCUUCAAAAAGGGGAGGAAAAAAAAACCAGGGAAAAGGAGCAUUCCUUCCUAGUCUUCAUGGAGAAGGAGGAGGAGGAAGAAGAGGGAUGAUAUGUCUAGCAAAUGCAGAAUAAAUCCAAUAAGCAAAUAUGAAAAGUCUGUCUAGUUUAAUCUGGGGGUAGAAAAAUCUGAAUGGCUAAAUCCAUAUUAGGGUACUACAGAAUUGAGUACCACAAUUGAGCCCAAGAUUUAUGUUGCCAAGCAAGACAGUUGUUAAGUGAGUUUUGCCCCCAUUUUACUUCUUCUCUUGGCCCAGCUGUUAAGCGAAGCAUUGCAGUUGUUAAGUUAGGAACUCGGUUGUUAAGUGAAUCUGGAUUCCCCAUUGACUUUGCUUGGUCAGAUUGUCGCAAAAGGGGAUAGCGUGACUGCGGGACACUGCCACCGUCGUAAAUACGGAACAGCUGCCAAGCCUCUGAAUCACGUGACCACGGGGAUGCUGCAAGGGUCGUUAAGUGUGAAAAAGGGUCCUAAAGUCCCUUUUUCUCCAGUGCCGUUGUAACUUUGAACGGUCACUAAGCGAAUUGUUGUAAGUCGAGGACUACUACUGGUUCUACCAGCUCGAAUCACAAAAUAAUAUGCAACUUUUUUUUCAAAAUGGUUUGCUCAGGCAGAUCAACAAAACAAACCACAACCAAGGAGGGAGGAAAGUCACCGUCUAUCACUGGGCACAAUCAGGAACAGUACUGGGACUCCUCGAUUUAAGACUAUUAAAUUGUGACCGUUGUAAAUCAAGUCACCCAUACGGCCGAUCCAAUUUUAUGGGGGUUUUUUUGCAGCAGCUGUCAGAACUCUGGAACAAGGUUGUAAGAACUUCAAGAGAGGUCAAUUAUACAGAUAGUCCUCGACCUACGACCACAAUUGAGCCCAAAAUUUAAGUGAGACAUUUGUUCAGUGAGUUUUGCCCCGUUUUACGACCUUUCUUGCUACAGUGCUUAAGUGAAUCGUGGUUAAGUGACUACCUGUAAAACCAGUGCAACCCCCUAACCUACCCCCCAAAAUUUAGCAUAGUAGUCCUCUACUUACAACCAUUUGUUCAGCUACUGUUCAAAAUUGCAACAGCACUGAAAAAAUACCUCACACUUACGACCAUCAGCGUCUCUGCAACCACGUGAUCAGGAUUCGGACUUGCCGAAUAACUACAUGCAAGUGACACAUAGUUAUGACAGUUGCAAAACCGCAGGGUCAUGUGAUCACCAAGUUUGGAACUUCCCAGAUGAUUUCCAACAAGCAAAGUCAAUAGGGGGAAGCUGAUUUGUUUAACGACUGUGCAAUUCACCAUGCUUCGCUUAAAAACAAAGGCCAUAAGGUCGUAAAAUGGAACGCAACUCAACCGCCUCGCUUAGCAAUGGAAAUUCUGGUCUGGGUUGUGGUUGUAAGUCGAGGACAGCCCGUACUGUCGCUGUUAACUAUUUGUGCAACAUCCCUCAUUGUAGCAUUGACGAAAGGAAUGAGCAACCAUUUGUGGCUGUCAAUCAUGCGAGGUGAUAACCUGGCCAUAGCGAGUCGGGCGGCCAUUUUCCUGCAAUGCUUGUAGCCCUCUUAAUUGGAAGAAUCUGAUUGGCUCCUGUAAGGGACAGAACAUUCAAUUAGAACAGUGCUUUUCAAACUUGGCAAAACACGUGGACUUCAACUCCCAGAAUCCUCUAGCCGCCAUGCUGGCUAGGGAAUUCUGGGAAUUGAAGUCCAGGCCUUAAAGUGGCCAAAUUUGAAACACGCUGAACUAGUAAUAAGACUGUAUGCCCAAGUUCCACCCUCAGAAAAUUUCAAGUGUGUGUCAAGAAGAGUCCUGAACUGGCAUGGACAGGGAGAAGAGGUAAACUCUGAAUGUAGCAUUAUUUUUAUUUAUUUAUUUUUUUUGCACCUAUCCGCCUCUGCACAAGUCGUCGCCUCUGAAUGGCUUCCCAGGACAUUGUUCACAACCUUCUUGAAAUUCGCUUGACGCACAGUGCUACUAGUCCUCAUGAAAGUUAGAAAACGGUUGAGUCAACAUUUUCAUGAGAUUUUGGCAGGGGUCUGUUCUGUGAGCUUGCUGUUUAGCUCCUGGACGUUUUGUUACCAGACUAGGUAACAUCUUCAGUAGGAGUGGGGGGGUGGGGGUGUUGGCUGAAGUACCUUGUUCAUUUAUAUAGGUUAGUGAUGGCUAACCUUUUCCAGACUGAGUGCCCAAAGCGCGUGAGCGUGAACCCCCCAAAUGCAAUGCAUGCAUGGCCCCCAUGCAUGCACGCGUGACCUGUGCUUUGCGUGACCCCGUGCAUGCACCCUGCCCCUUUGCACCCCACGCAUGUGUACAUGGCCCCCACAUGCACCUGUCCCCCGCAUGCACUCCACCCUCACGCAUGCGCGGCAGAGACCCAAAAACCAGCUGGCUGGCGGGAGGUGCCUGCGCAGCUGAGCUGGGGCGAUGGCCCACAUACCCACAGAGAGGUUCGCCAUCACGGAUAUAGGUCGUGAAAUGGUCGGUUGGUCUUGUGACUGGUCAAGGUACUUCACCCCAAAACCCCACAGAUGAUGUUACCCAGUUUGGUAACAAAACGUCCGGGAACUAAACAGCAAGCUCGGAGAACAGACCGUGGCCAAAACCUCAUGAAAAUGUUGAAUCCCUGCAUCGUGAGGCACUUCUGCUUGUCUCUCGAGCCAACGCGGUUCAUCUGUAUGAAAUGUAUUCUUCCCGCUUCUUUCGCUCCCUUGUUUUCCGUCCGUCCCUCCUCUUUUAACUAUGGAAUCCCCGCAAAAGGCUUUAUAAUAAAACAUGCUUUCCUCCC